CCGCCGCCAUGUUCAGCCACCCACUCUGUUUCUUCCUCUGUCCCAAUAAUUACUGUCGGAAGUCAAUGUUUGGUUAUAACUCAGACUUCUUCUUCUUCUUCUUCCAAUUAAACAAUUCAUUAGUGCCUCUCCCACCGCUUCUCUUCCUUUUCUUUUCUAUUUUUCGGUCAAAACUUGGAAUUCUAAACUCUGCAAAAGCCUUUGAAAUCAUCAACCCCCAAAACCCACCAAACAUUUUCAGUUUUUUUUCUCCAUCCGACCCUUUUGAAUCGCCUUCUUCUUCAUCGGAGCAAUGUCUUUCAACGUCAACCGGUUCGAUCCUCAGUCGGCGGCGGAGAAAGCGGUUUCCGUCAUCGGAUUUGGGUUCGAUCUCUGUAACGACUUGCGAUUAUCGUCUUGCAAACCGGGUCCAUCCGGGUCGAAAUUGAUCGACAUCGAUUUGACACGAACCAAAGACCUCGUACUCCCUGCCGGUGUUGUCGUCCCUAAUGUCUCGAAUUCGAUCAAGUGCGAUAAAGGCGAGCGUACUAGAUUCCGGUCGGAUGUCGUCUCCUUCAAUCAGAUGUCGGAGCUGUUUAAUCAGCAAUUGUCUUUGUCGGGGAAAAUUCCGUCGGCGUUUUUCAACAGUAUGUUUGGAUUAAAGGGUUGCUGGCAGAACGAUGCAGGUUCCUCCAAAAGUCUUGGAUUUGAUGGCUGUUUCAUUACUCUGUAUAACAUUGAAUUGGAAAGAUCUCAUAUAACUCUCUCUGAGCAAGUCAAACGGGAGGUGCCUUCUUCAUGGGACCCUGCUGCGCUUGCUAAGUUCAUUGAGAACUAUGGUACUCAUGUGGUUGUGGGUGUAAAAAUGGGAGGAAAAGAUGUCAUUUUUAUGAGGCAAUUACGAGAAUCCAACAUAGAACAAGCUGAAGUGCAGAAGAAGUUGAAGCAAUUAGCAGAUGAAAGAUUUUCUGAAGAUGUAAAUGGAGGCUUCAUGUCAAAUUCUACUGCUGCAAAAAUUAAGGACGAGUAUUCUAUGCCAUGGCAGCUUCGUCAUGCAUUUGCUGCCUCUAUCAAACCGCCAAUUAUCACUCACUCGAAGGGUGAUGAGUUGACGACAAUUUAUGUUAGGAGGGGAGGCGUUGAUGUUGGUCAAAGUCAUAAUCAAUGGCUCUCGACCGUAUCUCAAUCGCCUAAUGUUAUUUCGAUGUCCUUCGUGCCCAUAACAUCGCUCCUGAAUGGCGUCCGAGGCAAUGGAUUUCUAAGCCAUGCAGUAAACCUGUACCUAAGAUAUAAACCUCCAAUUGAGGAGCUUCAGCAGUUUCUGGAAUUUCAGCUGCCUCGACAAUGGGCACCGGUGUACGCCGAUCUUCCUCUCGCUACUCGGCUUAGGAAACAAGCCUCUCCAUCUCUGAAGUUCACUUUGAUGGGCCCCAAGCUGUAUGUAAAUACUACUAAGGUAAUCUUCCGACUUGAAGACGGGUUUGUCAAAAUGACGAUGCUGAGAUUGAACAUGAUUUUGCAACUGCAGGUUGAUUCGAACAGUCGUCCAGUAACGGGAGUUCGGUUGUUUCUGGAAGGAAAGAAAAGUGACCAUCUUGCAAUUCAUCUUCAGCAUCUAUCAACUCUUCCCAAGACUAUCCAACUCUCAGAUGAUCUGAGUUAUGGACCCAUUGACGAGCCAGAGGAGAAGGGCUACUUCCAACCAGUUAAAUGGAGCAUAUUUUCACAUGUCUGCACUGCUCCAGUGCAGUACAAUGGUUCACUAAUUGAUGACGAUACUGCUUCUAUCGUCACAAAGGCUUGGUUUGAAGUUAAGGUUAUUGGAAUGAGAAAGGUAUUGUUCCUGAGGCUUGGGUUUUCGACGGUGGCAUCAGCAAAGAUUCGUCGAUCAGAAUGGGAAGGACCUUCAACGUCAUCCCGAAAAUCUGGACUCAUAUCCACCUUUAUCAGCACAAGGUUUAGUACAGGGCUGCAGCAGCCAGAAGCGCAACCAAAAAUUGAAUUGAACUCGGCUGUUUAUCCCGAUGGUCCACCUUUGACUGUGAGAGCAAUGAAAAUGUUGAACGUCAUCGAUACGAAAGAAAUGGUGCGUGGCCCUGAGAACUCACCUGGAUACUGGGUGGUCACUGGAGCCAAGCUUUGUGUUGAAGGUGCCCGGAUCUCUAUCAAAGUGAAAUACUCGUUGUUAACCAUAUUGUCGGAGGAUUCUAUGAUCUGAUAAAGAGAAAACUAGGCAGUGAGUAGAUACAACUAUUUUUCUGCUGUAAAUGUGUUUUGUAUAUUAUUCCUAUAUAGUCAGCCACAAAACACCAUUCUUAUUUCAUAGUGAACCAAACAGUAUUUUUAGAAUGUAAAUCUCUGCUGUAUUAAGCAUGUUUUGGAACAAUUUUUUGGGAGUGAGAAUUUCUGGUGCCACAACUAUAUAGUCAACCAAAAAAAAAGUUACAUUUACCCCCAUUG